CGUUCACCCUUUGCCGGCUCGGCGGACGGCGGCUCCCCCUCGUCUCUAUUUCUUUUCCCCGUUCCCUUCACUCUUGGUCUCUCGCGGCGACGAUUUGGCGCGCGGCAGCGCCUUCCCCCACGUCUUCGCCGGGCCCUUUGCCGGCGACGAGCGCCCAACAGAAUUCUCUGGAGCGAGCGUCUCAACAUGUCUUGGGCUGCAAUCGAGAAUGAUCCUGGUGUUCUUACGGAACUGCUGCAGCAGAUGCAACUGAAAGGUCUUCAAGUUGAUGAACUCUACUCACUUGACCUGGAUGCUCUCAAUGAUCUUCAGCCAAUUUAUGGGCUCAUAGUGCUGUACAAAUGGCGACCUCCAGAAAAGGAUGAGCGUCCUGUCAUGAAGGAUACAAUCCCAAACCUUUUCUUUGCCAACCAGAUAAUUAAUAACGCGUGUGCAACCCAAGCUAUCCUUUCUGUUCUCUUGAACUCUCCUGGCAUCACCCUUAGUGAUGAGCUUAAAAGGCUAAAGGAAUUUGCAAAGGACCUGCCACCUGAGCUCAAGGGAUUGGCCAUAGUCAAUUGCACAAGCAUCCGUAUGUUAAACAACUCAUUUGCAAGGUCAGAGGUCUCCGAGGAGCAGAAACCAUCUAGCAAGGAUGACGAUGUCUACCACUUCAUAAGUUAUGUUCCAGUGGAUGGCGUCCUGUAUGAGCUUGAUGGACUUAAGGAAGGGCCGAUAAGCCUGGGGAAAUGCUCAGGUGGUGUUGGUGAGGCCGGAUGGCUUAGGGUGGCACAGCCCGUGAUUCAAGAGCACAUUGAUCGGUUCUCACAGAAUGAGGUAAGAUUCAGUCUGAUGGCAAUCUUAAAGAACCGGAAGGAGGUGUACACAGCAGAGCUCAAAGACCUCCAGAGGCAGAGAGAGAGCCUCUUGCAGCAGAUGAGCGAUACUUCCGCCAGGCACAUGUCAUCUGUCGGGCAGUCUCUAGCAGAGGUGGCUGCUCAGAUUGAGGCUGUGACGGAGAAGAUCAUAAUGGAGGAAGAGAAGUUGAAGAAGUGGAAGAUGGAGAACAUGAGGAGGAAGCACAACUACGUGCCGUUCUUGUUCAAUUUCCUCAAGAUUCUCGAGGAGAAGCAGCAGUUGAUGCCCCUGAUAGAGAAGGCAAAGGCGAAACAGAAGUCUCACAGUCACAGCUCCAAUCCUAGGUGAAAAAGCUGCAAUGCAUCCAUAUUGUUUGCUUUAGUUGCGAUUUCUUGUAGAGAUUGGCUGUGACUAGGAGCAGAUCCAGGAUCCCCCACCUUAUCCAUUAAUAAAAAAAUGGUCAUACAAGAGGUUCGUGGCACAAUACAAAGGAUGUAUAAUGAGUGACCAUUGCUCUUCUUCCUCAGUUUCACUAACUUAUACAUGGAAAAUCAACUUGCAGGCUUCUUUUGUGCCAGUCAAA